GAUCAAUAGGACAUUUAUUAGCAGGAGUAGAGUCAUUAUUAAUUAUAAAUCCUGAGAAAAAACAAGAGGCUGAAGAUCUUUUAUUUAAAGUUUAUGAAGAUGAUUAUUUAAAUGAUAGAACAUUGAAAAAUUGUAUUUUGGUUUAUGAGGCAUUUAAAAAUGCCUUUGAAUCUCCAAAAGCAAAAGAGUUUAAGAAAAAAUGCCAAGAAUGGUUUCCAAUCUCAACAUAUUUCAAAGAUACUUAA